GGGAAGGAAUCCGAAAUAUCAAAGGACCAGCCUCCUUAUCACAAGGGCUCGGAGUUAUCAGAUUUCUAUUUAAACAAGAACAAUUUUCCUCCAACGAAAAUCAGACCACUCCAGGCCCAUCAACUCUUCAGUCCUUUCUCUUCUUCUAAAUCUUUACACUCCGACUUCUCGAAACUCCAAAAUGUCUUCCUCAGAACUGAUUUCCUACGACGAGGCUCAGAACUCAGCUUUCGACAAUGUCCUCCAUCGAAAAUCAAAAGAGUCAAAAGGAGGCAUGCGAGCCAUGAUCAACAAAGACAACAAAGCUCAUGCAGCAGCCGUCGACGAAUACUUUCAGUUCUGGGAUAACAAGAAGGCUGAAGAUGAAGUUGAGGCUGUAAGACAGGAGAGAACCGACAACUAUGCCAGUUUGACAAGACAGUACUACAACCUCGCAACUGAUCUCUACGAGUACGGAUGGUCUCAGUCUUUUCAUUUCUGCCGCUUUGCCUACGGGGAAGAUUUCAACCGUGCUAUCGCUCGACACGAACACUACCUCGCUCAUAAUAUCGGUAUCAGGCCUGGUAUGAAAGUCCUCGACGUUGGAUGUGGUGUUGGUGGACCUGCUCGAGAAAUCGUCAAGUUUACUGGUGCUCAUGUCACUGGGUUGAAUCUCAACGAGUAUCAAGUCCAGCGGGCGACUAUCUAUGCUGAGAAGGAAGGACUUUCUGAUAAGCUUAAGUUUGUCCAAGGAGACUUCAUGAAAAUCCCUUUUCCGGAUAACUCUUUCGACGCCGUCUACGCUAUCGAAGCAACCGUCCACGCACCCUCCUUAGAAGGCGUCUACAGCGAAAUCCGACGAGUCCUCAAACCCGGUGGUGUUUUCGGCGUCUACGAAUGGCUCAUGACAGAUGCCUACAACAACGACGAUCUCGAACAACGCCGCAUCCGUCUCGACAUCGAACAAGGCGACGGUAUUGCCCAGAUGUUCAAGAUUGACCAUGGUCUAUCAGCUAUCCAAGCAGCUGGUUUUGAACUUCUUCACCACGAGGAUCUCGCAGCUACAGAUGAUGGAACAGCGCCUUGGUACUGGCCUUUGGAUAGUGAUAUGCGAUAUGCGCAGACAAUUGGUGAUUUCUUCACGGUUUUGAGGAUGAAUAAGUGGGGGAGACUUGUGAUGCAUAAUGUUAUUGGGGCAUUGGAAGCUUGUUGGAUUGCGCCGAAGGGGACGAGGAAGACGGCGGAUAGUCUUGGUCAAGCUGCGGAUGCGUUGGUUGAGGGUGGGAAGAGAAAGUUGUUUACGCCGAUGUAUUUGAUGGUUGGACGGAAGCCUGAGGAGUCUGAGUAAUGGUGCAGUGGUAAGCAGUUCAGUGGGAGGGCAUAGAGAGUUAUGGGGUAGCCUUUGAUAGAGGCAAGUAUUGGCAAGGGGUGGUAUACCCAUAGAGAUAAUAGAUCGAAGA